AUGCACCAGGUGCCGUACAGAGCGGGACUCACCUCAAACGCAGGUCGAAACGAGAGGCUCUGGGAAAAGACUGCAACCUGUCGAGCGUCGCCGCUCGAUCCUCCUCCGAUCGAUACGAGUCAAUCGUGUCGAGAUCAACGAUCUCACCUGGCCUCCUCCUUUCGCAUCGUCUACAGGUGCAGAGGAACGUCGUUGGUACCGUCGAAUGUGCUCCUGAUAGGAUUGGCGCUUUGUUGUUUGACGUUCUCGCCGGUUCAACCGCGUCAGAACCAUCAUCAGACUUGCCCGGGUUGCCCGCAUCAGCAGCAACAGCAUCAGCACAUCCACGAGACGCAUCGGGGCGGUGGUUCGAAGGACACCGCCGCGCCCACUCCGGACGAUCUCAGGCUGGAGGCCAUCAAGCAUCAAAUACUCACCAAACUCGGCCUCAGGACGCGACCAGACGUUAACAGAACCCUGGCUACGGUACCCAGGCACCUGGCCCUCGAGACUCUUUACAGAGCCGAGGCGCAGUCCACUCAGUAUCCCGAAAGAUCGAGGAACGACCACGAGACCGAAUACUCAGGGGAAUUUCUCUACGGCGGCGACGAGUAUUCCUACAGGAACCUCGACCAACAGCCCGAGACCGCCACCGAAGACAACGAGAGGCUCGAUUACGGGAACCACGAGGGCCAGGAAGCGCACGAGGAGAUGGACGACUUCUACGCGAGGACCUCCGAGAUCAUCACCUUUGCCGAGCCCGGACGAACGUUGAACGGGCAACCGUUGCUGGAGUUUCCGAUGGCCAGUGGGGAACCAGCGCUGGAACCACUGAGGAUCAAAAGGGCGACGCUAUGGGCGCGAGUCGAGUUCAAGCACGCCCAUCAUUAUCAACACCAUCGUCAGGGUCAAACGAACCAAAGAAACAUUACUCUCUGGGUAUUCAGGGUACGAUGCGGCAACACGACGCAUCUGCGUGGCAAGGAGCUCGGCCAACAUCUGGAAAUGGUGACGUCCCUCGGGGUGAACGUCGGACAACUGGGCUGGCUGAAGUUUGACGUGACCAGGGUCGUGAGCAGUUGGUACACGGCGAACAGAGAUUUCGCGAGGGACAAGUUGACGCUGCUGGUCGACUGUACCGGAUGCGGGUCGCGCGUCUUCGUGUCGACGUUCGACGAACACUCUCCGCACGUAAUCGAGUCGUCCUUGAACGCAAAAGUGGGUCAAGAUCCCGACAGACCCUUCUUAGUCGUUCGCACCGAUCCAGCGUCCGUGAAACGAGUCAGAAGACGGGCGGUCGAAUGCAGCGGCGCGAUAAAGGGCCAAUGCUGCAAGCAGAGAUUUUACGUGAACUUCUCGCAGCUCGGUUGGGACGACUGGAUAAUCGCUCCUCAAGGGUACUACGCGAACUACUGCAGGGGGGAUUGCGCGGCCGGACAUAGAACGCCGGACACGUUCCUCAACUACUACACCCACGUGAUCGAGGAAUACAGGAAGAUGGAUCGACUGGCCGGCAUGCAGCCUUGCUGCGCGCCCCUCAAGUUCUCGCCGAUGUCGUUGAUCUACUACGGUCCCGAUUCCAACAUUAUCAAAAGGGAUCUGCCAAAGAUGGUGGUUGACGAGUGCGGCUGUCCUUAA